UUAGCCAGCCAAUGGCGGACUUUAGGAUUUGAAAUAGUGUCUCAGUUGAGUUGACCGGCAUUUCCCCCUUUAUUUGUGCCCUAACCCCAAAUCUGCCAUAACUUGAGGAUGGCACAGCCAGCAUCUGGAUCUGAAAAUUCUAAUAAUAAUAAUAAUAAUAUGAAUCGAUCACAGAAUGACGUCGUCCUCUUUCCUGGUUUCAUCAUCAAUAACAAGAACAGUGUUGAAGAUCAUACUCCUGUUACCAAGAUUCCAUGUGGGUCGGUUUUAAACUGUACCAAUUCUGCAAAGUCUAACGGACAAAGCUCAAGCACCACUACCACAAAAACGCCCCCAGCUGAACCAUCCGUGUCUCCCGAAAUCCAAUCCAAUUUAUGUCAUUCGGUGCUAGUUUCAGGAGCUGCACCUUCUGCUUGUUACGGUGCGGGACAUGUAAUUUCAGGUGUCACCGACAGAAGAAAAUGCAAAGCUAGGGGAAUUCUUUCAGUCGGUAAAACAAGGCAAGGAAUGGUUACAAAAUCUCGACACUCGUUGAUUCCGUUUCCGCCUGUUGAAGCAUCCGUUAGUUGGCAUUUGUCACCAUCUAAUGCAGAUAAAGAUGUGAACGAAGAUGUUGUUGCCACCGUCAAUCACGAACCUGCUGUUUCACUAGAAGAGCGACUAUCAUCGUUUGAUUUCAACGAAUGUUCUCCAUUUUCUGCAGACUCGUUAGGUAGUGAGAAUAUUAUGCAAACACCAAACUCAGAUUCGAGUUUAGAACGACACGCGAGUUUAUCUUGGCUGAAAGACGGCAUUCAACCGAAAUGUCGGUUUGAAUCCGAACUUGAUCAGGUGACAGAUAUUCCUCAACGUGAAAGCUUGUCUCCGUAUGACAAUUCAUCACCGUGGGACCCACCUAGGUUAAGUUUUGAGUUGACAGAUUCACCCUCACCUUCUGAUCAUAGAAACGUAAACCGUCUUAGAGAAAACUCAAGUGUUCACGAGUCAUUAAUCUCCAACUCAACUUCGGGAAAUGUGUCAAUGUCAGAGAUGCGAGUAUCAUGGAGGGAUGCACUCAUAAGUAGUGUUUCUGAUAAGGAAGAUUUGGAUUGUUGUAGAUUGUUGUCUGAUGAAGAAAACGAGGCUGAUCAAGUGUUGAAGUCUUAUAAGCUUCUUGAUCGUGACGUAAGAGUUGAUGGAAAAGUCAAAGAAUCGUCACCUGUUCGAGCCAACCCUUGUGCUGAGUCUAUAUGCACUGACGGUGGUGGACUCAUUGCGUCUGCGGACUCUGAUUGGACUCUCGACUACAAAAACCGAUCAUUUGAAUUUUGACUUUUCUUUCCAUAAUUAUUCAAAGCGCGACGGAGAGGGCGAACACCUCCUUUGGCAGCAUGAGACCCAAGCCACGGUGUAUGCCGCCAAGCAACGUUACCAUCACUGCCAGCAACCACCUUGUGGCCGCCAACAACGAGUUCAAUUAACCAUUUGUUUGGUACCAUUUGCCACAUAACAAAACAACCCUUUUGUGACACUCGGAUAUUACUAAUGGUCGUUGACCCGUUUGAGCUGAGUUCAUCCACCAUGGCCAUUGUAACUUUUCCUGUGACAUACAUGUUUCUUACUGUUCCUUCUAGUUUCCGGCAACCCGUGGCUGCUAUGAAGUGUUGUAUUAUGUAUUGUGACGACGAUGAAACCUAGCAAAAACGAUUCAGUUCAAUUGUUAAAUAUUUAUACAUUUUUUAUUAAUCAA